AUGGAAGCCGUAAUAUGUAAUGGAUCAGAUAAUGCCUCACCCAUCUUCUACCUAGUAGGCAUCCCCUCUCUGCCAGAGUCCCUCUUCCUCCCAGUCUUCUUGAUUUUCCUCUUAAUCUACCUGCUCAUCCUGGUGAGUAAUACCCUGAUCCUGUUGGCUGUAGUGGCAGAGCUCAGCCUCCACAAGCCCAUGUACUUCUUCCUGAUUAACCUCUCAGCCCUGGACAUUCUCUCUACCACAACCACUGUCCCCAAGAUGCUGUCCCUAUUCCUGCUGGAAGACCACUUUCUCAGCUUCCCUGUCUGCUUCCUGCAGAUGUAUCUCUUCCAUGGCCUCAGCGGCUCAGAAGCCUUCAUCCUGGUGGUCAUGUCCUAUGACCGCUAUGUGGCUAUCUGCCGCCCACUGCACUACCCUGUCCGCAUGACCCCACAGACCAACGCUGCACUGGCAGCCAGUGCCUGGCUCACUGCCCUCCUCCUGCCCGUCCCAGCAGUUGUACAGACCUCCCAGAUGGCAUUUGGUCCUGUGGCCCACGUCUACCACUGCUUCUGUGACCAUCUGGCUGUGGUCCAGGCCUCCUGUUCUGACACCACGCCCCAGGCCUUCAUGGGCUUGUGCAUCGCCAUGGUGGUGUCAUUCCUGCCCCUUCUUCUGGUGCUUCUCUCCUAUGUCCACAUUCUGGCCUCAGUACUUCAUAUCAGCUCCCAUGAAGGGCGCUCAAAAGCCUUCUCCACCUGCAGCUCCCAUCUCCUGGUGGUCAGCACCUACUACUCAUCCAUUGCCAUAGCCUACGUGUCUUACAGGGCUGACCUGCCCCUUGACUUCCACGUCAUGGGCAGCGUGGUGUUUGCCAUUCUCACUCCUGUUCUCAACCCCCUCAUCUACACCCUGAGGAAUAAGGAUGUCAAAGCAGCUAUUACCAAAAUGGCAUGUCCCCAGCACCCACAGUGUUCUAGGGCCCUUAAUCCUUAG